AGGAAAAGCCAGUCUGUGAGUGUUAUUAUUGGACACCCGUAUAUUUUGCUUGAAGUGCAUUUUUUCUCUCCACCAAAUAAAAUCUUCCCAAAAAUCCCCCAAAAAGUGGCAUUAAAGUGCUCCCGUGUUGUUGCUGCGUGAAGAAGGAUAGACCAUUGAGACGCCUGGAAUGCGGACGUGAUUGCGGGCGGAGACGGCGAGUGAAAGUUGUGGUGGCAUUUUCCAAAAAGAAAAAAAGCAUCGCGCAGUUUGGGAUAAAUUUUGUGUCGCAGUGCCCCAAUUCUCAGCAUCUCCCACCCCACAAACGGAGAACAAGCUGCUGCCUGAUCUGGAGGAGGACAAAAACGGCGCGACACGUUGAACCCUGCGUGGGACGUAGAAGGAUGCACAGCACAUUGACGGCGUGUGAGGUGCAAUAAGCGCUCGGAUCCUCUGACAAGGAAACUUGCUAAGAGAAGCUGCUUCUGCUGCAAGUGUGUUAAAUUUAAAUAAAUAAGAAAAAGAAGCGACGCAAUGUCUGCGGCCACAUUUAGUGGCUCCCCGGAGGCGGCUGUGGUGAAAGAAGGCUGGCUGUUUAAGCGCGGUGAGCACAUAAAAAAUUGGCGAUCGCGGUACUUUGUGCUGCGUAACGAUGGCACCCUGAUGGGCUACAAAACGCGCCCCGACACUUCGGCACCCGCGGAGCGUCUCAAUAAUUUCACAGUGAAAGAUUGCCAAAUAAUGUCGAUGGAUCGACCAAAGCCCUUCACAUUCAUCAUACGCGGCCUCCAGCUCACAACCGUAAUUGAGCGAAUGUUCCACGUUGAGACGGAUCGAGAGCGGCAGGAGUGGGUGGAUGCUAUACGCUAUGUGGCCACAAGGCUACGCGAAAUUGGUGACACCUCCUGCACAACCACGGAUAUGAUUGACGUGGAUAUGGCAUCGAUUGCUGAAGAUGAGUUCUCGGAGAAGUUCUCCGUGCAGGGAACGACGUCCGUAAAGGCGAGCGGAAAGAAGAAAGUCACACUGGAAAACUUUGAGUUCCUUAAGGUGUUGGGUAAGGGAACGUUUGGAAAGGUGAUUUUGUGUCGUGAGAAAGCAACAGCAAAGCUGUAUGCAAUAAAGAUACUGAAGAAAGAGGUCAUCAUACAGAAGGACGAAGUGGCGCACACAUUGACAGAAAAUAGAGUUCUCAGGACGACAAAUCAUCCCUUUUUAAUUUCCCUCAAAUAUUCAUUUCAAACUGCCGACAGACUCUGCUUCGUGAUGCAGUACGUCAAUGGUGGGGAAUUGUUCUUCCACCUUAGCAGGGAUCGUGUCUUCUCCGAGGAUAGGACACGAUUUUAUGGUGCUGAAAUCAUUUCAGCUCUCGGGUACUUGCAUUCUCAGGGUAUCAUCUAUCGGGACUUAAAGUUGGAGAAUUUACUCCUGGACAAGGAUGGGCACAUCAAAAUUGCGGACUUUGGCCUCUGCAAGGAGGACAUCACGUAUGGGAGGACAACAAAGACUUUCUGCGGUACCCCGGAGUACCUAGCGCCGGAGGUGCUCGAGGACAAUGACUACGGACGUGCGGUGGAUUGGUGGGGAACGGGUGUUGUAAUGUAUGAGAUGAUCAUCGGUCGGCUACCCUUCUACAAUCGCGAUCACGAUGUCCUAUUUGCCCUCAUUCUCAUGGAGGAGGUGCGAUUCCCGCGGAGUAUAUCGCAAGAAGCUCGGAGUCUCCUAACGGGCUUCCUUGCCAAAAUCCCAUCGCAGAGAUUAGGUGGUGGCCCGGAAGAUGUUAAAGAAAUCCAGGCACAUCCCUUCUUUGCCAGCAUCAAUUGGACUGAUUUAGAACAGAAAAAGAUUCCUCCACCAUUUAAACCUCAAGUGACAAAUGACACAGAUACACGCUACUUUGACUCGGAAUUCACGGGUGAGAGUGUGGAGCUGACACCACCUGAUGGCGCAGCACCUCUUGGCUCUAUUCCGGAGGAACCCUUUCCGCAGUUCACGUAUCAAGAUAUGGCCUCAACAUUGGGCACAUCCUCCCACAUUAGCAGCUCGGCCAGCCUAACGUCGAUGCAGUGAACACAUUAAACUUCCCCAGAAAACGCUUUUUUUUGGGAUGUCCUUUCUCUCAUACGUUACAGCAGAGGGAGGCCUCGACAUGUUUUGCGGUGUAAGGAGUUACCCGCGGAAAUGCAACUGAGAGAGAGAGAGAGCCGGACUGGAGGCAAAAGGUAAAAAACAAUUUAUUUUUGCGCGUGAGGGUUUUUUUUUGGUUUUUGCACAUUUUGGGGCCCAGGGAGGAAGACAAAUCAUUGAUUGGGGUGGGAAAUAGACGAGGGGCUGUGCAAAUUCAUCUGAUGAUACCAACAGAAAGUACUGCAUGUGAUCCAUUGGGGCGAUUUUGAAGCCACCAAAUAAAAUAAAAGAAAAAAAAACGUUAGAUAUUCUUGCAUCUGAAAUGAUGUGAGGAGUCAGCCAUUGAAUUGUAUAGAAAUAUUUUCAUUUUCAAUUCUGUUUUGAGUUGAGAUUUUUUUUUUGCAUAAAUUGACUAUCAUUGUAUGGGAGGGGGUGUCAUGAUGGUGGAUUUGCAACUCUCUGGGCCGCACAUAGAGCAACAAAGGGAGGAAGAACUUUUGGGUGGAAAAGGAGAAAAAAAUAUUUAAAAAGAAAAGAUAAAUAAAAUAAAGAGUGCGAGAAUGUGAGAAGAGUUUAAAAACGCGGGGUGAAGAAAAAACCCCAUUUUAGGCAUUAAAAAUUGGCAUUAAAAACGUAUAUAUAUUAAAAUUUAAGAUGAGAUAAAAUGC